AUGGAACAAAAACUCCAAGCUUUAUUUCGUAUUGAUGCUGGUGAAUCAUUAACAAAAAUCGCGCAAGAGUUAGGAGUGGGUAAGCAAACCGUUUCGGAUUGGAAAAAAAAACGAAUAGAAAUUGAAAAUUUUUGUGCGAAAAUGGUGAGCGCGGACAGCUUAGGUAACAGACGCACAUUAAGAAAACCAAACAACGAAGCUUUAGACGAGGCUUUGUACAUUUGGUUUUGUCAACAACGUGAACAAGGAGUUCCGUUGUCGGGUGUUACGUUACAAGCUAUCGCGAUAAAAUUUAAUGAAAAAUUAAAAGGAGAUCCUACUUUUGCUGCUAGUGUAGGAUGGUUGUCUCGGUGGAAAAAUCGACAUGGCAUUCGUGAACUUGGUGUAAGUGGUGAAAUUUUAUCAGGUGACAAGGUUGCAAGUGAAGACUUUAAAACGAAAUUUGAAAAGUUUAUUAGCGAUGAAGACUUAAUACCUUGCCAAAUAUUUAAUGCUGACGAAACUGGGUUGAAUUACAAAAUGCUUCCAAAACAAACAUUAGCCUCAAAACUAGAUUCUGUAGCCAAAGGACAUAAAGUGAAAAAAGAACGAGUAACUUUACWUCCUUGCAGUAACGCUUCUGGUGAUUUAAAAUUUCCACUUUUGGUGAUCGGAAAAUCAGCUAAGCCUAGAGCUUUCAAAAACGUUAAUAUGAGUGCACUUCCAGCUCAAUACACUUCACAAAAAUCUGCUUGGAUGAACGGAAACAUUUUUAAAAAUUGGUUUUUUGAAACAUUUGUGCCUACAACAAAGACAUUUUUGAAACAGAAAAAACGGGUUGCUGGACUGGUGACUGAUUGGUAA